CAAAUGAAAAGUCGGUUUGUUCAUCAUGAUGGAAACAAAAUAAACGCAUGUUCGAACUCAAUGCGCAAUUUACAAAGCAGCCUUCACUGCCUGGUUAGGUUUUGGAGCUCUCCAACCAAAAAAUUCAAAAGAAAAUGGUAACCAAAGAGGGCUGUCGAGUAGAACUCCGCGAAGCCAUUCGACAGCUGAGAGAUCGAGGCCUUUACACCGCUGCUAAAUGGGCUGCAGAGCAGUUGGUGGGGAUAGAAGAGGAGGACAGAGUAGUGACUCCGGUAUCAGGGUAUGUUCGGUCAGACAGAGGAAGUUCCACUGGAAGGAGGGAGCGGAGAGCAUGGUCAAGUGACAAGGAGUUUUUGCGAGCUGGUGGUGGACUAGGAGGAGGAGAAAUGUAUUCUACUCCUCUUGGCAUGCGUACACAUGUGGCUGCUUCUGGAAGUGGGUAUGGUACACCUUUGUUUCAAGAAACAGAGAUGGAGAAUGAUCGUCAUAUGCUUGCCAAGAGUUAUUUUGACACACAUGAGUACAGGCGGGCUGCAUUUGUGCUCAGGGAAACCCCUGGAAAGAAGGCUUUGUUUUUACGCUGUUAUUCUUUAUAUCUGGCUGGGGAGAAGCGAAAAGAGGAAGAGGCGAUAGAACUUGGUGGUCCUUUAGGGAAGAGUGAUGGCCUUAACAGUGAGUUGGCUGGACUGGAACAAGAGUUAUCUAGCAAUUACAGUAAUGGCACCCUUGAUGCAUUCGGAAUGUACUUGUAUGGGAUUGUGCUACAUGAACGUGGAAAGGAUAAAUUAGCUCGUGAUGUUCUUGUAAAAUCUGUUGAUGCUUAUCCAUGGAACUGGAGUGCGUGGCUUGAGCUACAGGCUUUAUGCACAGAUAUGAGUAUCCUAAACAGUCUUGAGUUGAAGGAUCACUGGAUGAAAGAAUUUUUUCUUGCAAGUGCUUAUCUGGAGCUACACAAAAACAUUGAAGGUUUAGAAAAAUAUAUGAAGCUGCAGGAAAUUUUUCCUUUUAGUGAGUAUAUUUCAGGUCAGAUUGCAUCAGGAUUUUAUAAUUCGCGUGAUUAUGAGAGAGCUGAAAACUUAUAUACAGAUAUGCUUAAGUAUGAUCCCUAUCGUAUUGAUGGGAUGGAUAUUUUUUCAAACAUAUUAUAUGUAAAAGAAUCUUUUGCUUCUCUAAGCCACUUGGCUCAUAGAGUAUUUUUAACUGACAAAUAUAGGCCUGAGUCCUGCUGUAUAAUUGGAAAUUAUUAUAGUCUUAAAGGUCAGCAUGAAAAGGCUGUUUUGUAUUUCAAGCGGGCGCUGAAGUUGAACAAGAACUAUCUUUCAGCAUGGACACUAAUGGGGCAUGAAUAUGUUGAAAUGAAAAAUACUCCAGCUGCUGUUGAUGCUUACCGACGAGCUGUUGAUAUAAAUCCAAGGGACUAUCGUGCAUGGUAUGGCCUGGGACAAACCUAUGAAAUUUUAGCCAUGCCCUACUAUGCUCUUUAUUAUUAUCGGCAAGCUGCUCUUCUGCGGCCUGAUGAUGCUCGCAUGUGGAUUGCUAUUGGAAAUUGCUAUGAUAGUGAACAAUUGCAAAUGCUUGAUCAGGCCAUGAAGUGCUAUCUUCGGGCUUUGAGAAACAAUGAUAAUGAAGGGAUAGCUAUGCAUAAACUUGCAAAGUUGCACAGUCAGCUAGGGCGCCAUGAUGAAGCUGCAUCGUAUUACAAAAUGAAUCUUGAGAGAAUGGAAAAUGAACAGAAUGGUGGCCCAGAAAUGAUUGAAGCAUUGCUAUACCUUGCAAACUAUUACAAAAAUCGAAAAGACAUUGAGGCAGCACAGAUGUAUUGCUCAAGACUUUUGGACUAUGGUGGACCAGAAAAGGAAGAUGCAAAAACUAUUCUUCGAGGAUUAAGGAGUGAAAAUCCAGCCAUGGAUUUUGAGCAAGCUACACCCUGAACUCUUUGGCUUCUUUGUGGGGCUUUCUGUAUCAUUAUAUGCUAUUGCAGUCAUCUGCAAAAAAUCCUUUUUCUUUUGGACGAAGGAUACAAACAUCAAAUUUUAAUGAUGUUGCCAGUUUUUGCAUGGUGGUUCGUGUUGGCUUUGAAGAGCAAUCUUUGACCUCAAUAUAUUUCUCCUUAGACAGUUCUUGACGAGGUUCUUCGGCAAUGUGCAUGCUUACACCUGCAAGAGAUUUUCUAGCCAAUUUUGGACAUUUAUUCUCUGUCGUAAUUUGCCCAUCAUAUUGUUAAUGUCACCAUAUUCUAUAGAGUUAUUUCCCCUGCGAUAUAAUAAUGGUUAUUUGAAACAUUUUUAAACUGCAAGGGUAUAAUAAUUUAAUCUCGGUAAUGCAUUCAACCAUUUCCAAUCCAA